ACACUGACACACGUACAUGUGCGCGCUUGUGUCGUCCCUAAUUAAUCUCCGCUUGGCCUCAUCACACUACCAGGCAAGCUAGGCAAUAUGUCGUCUCAAGGCAGCCUGUGGUGCUUCUGGCUGCUGCUGCUGCUGCUUCUACUCGUGCAUUUCUCUGGCUCGGCCAGCAGCAGCAGGGCCACCGCCGUCAAGCAGCAGGUGUCGGCGUUCAUCGUGUUCGGGGACUCCACAGUGGACACGGGCAACAACAACUUCAUCCCCACCAUCGCCAAGGCCAACUUCCCGCCGUAUGGGCGCGACUUCAACGGGGGCGUCGCCACCGGCAGGUUCUCCAAUGGCCGCCUUGUCACUGACUUCAUUUCAGAGGCCUUCGGUCUGCCCUCCACUCUGCCGGCCUACCUGGACCCCAGCCACACCAUCGACCAGCUCGCAAAGGGCGUCAGCUUUGCCUCCGGAGCCACCGGGCUGGAUGAUUUAACAGCAAAAUUCACAUCAGUUAUACCCCUGGGCCAGCAGCUGGAGUACUUCAAGGAGUACAAGGCGAGACUGGAAGCCGCAAAGGGGGAGUCCAUGGCCAGCAAGAUCAUCGCCGAUGCAGUGUACAUCUUCAGCAUCGGCACCAACGACUUCAUCCUGAACUACUUCACCCUCCCUAUCCGCCCCUUCCAGUAUACCCCGACGGAGUACGUCAGCUACCUCGUUCGCCUCGCCGGAGCCGCCGCCCGCGACGCCUACCACCUCGGCGCGCGCAGGAUGGGGUUCACGGGGCUCCCCCCGUUCGGGUGCUUGCCUCUGUCGAGGACGCGGAACCACGGAGAGCCACGCGAGUGCAACGAGGAGUACAACCGGCUGGCCAUGAGGUUCAACGCCGAGCUGCAGGAGGCCGUGGCCAAGCUCAACGGUGACCUCGCCGGCGCGCUGCUGGUUUACGUAGGCGACACGUACAGCGUCUUGUCUGACAUCGUCGCCAAUCCGUCGGACUACGGAUUCGAGAACGUUGCGCAAGGUUGCUGUGGCACAGGACUCAUCGAGACUGCUGUCUUUUGCGGCUUGGAUGAACCACUGACGUGUCACGACGUGGAUAAGUAUGCCUUCUUCGAUUCAGCUCACCCGUCGGAGAGGGUGUACAGGAUAUUAGCUGACAGAAUUCUCAACAGUACAUCGGGAGUGUUCCUGUGAUAUCAUUUGUACAGUAUUUGUAAUCUAUUACCGAGUUUUUUUAUUUAGCCAAGAGAGCACCCGUGUGUUUUAUUGAAAGCAUACGCUCCUCUGUUUCAAAAUAAACACACGUCCCAUUUAUCGAGGAGUCAAACUUUUUUAUUUUUUUAUCAAAUUAUAUAAAAAGUACCGAUACUUAUAUGAUGUGUUAAGUAUCAUUAGAUUUUUUAUGAAAUGUACUUUCAUAAUA